AUGCAAACAGCUGCAUUGAGGCCUCCACACAUCAAUGCUCAGCCAUGUGCUACCCCAGAAUCAUCGCUUCGGAUUGGCGCCCCACUCGACGAACAUGCACCUCUAUGCCAGCUCAAUAACCUGAAUAAUGUUUUGCUGGACACAUCAAAGGUCAAGGAAGAGAUCAUAGGGGAGGCGCCUCCUGCAAAUACACCCGCUCCACAAAAGAAGAAGUCGUCGAUAUUUGGAGGACUUUUCCAAGUGAGGGAACCCACCCCGGUUGUGUCGAGUCAGGUCGCUGGUCAGAUGAUUGCACAUCACGGUUCGAUAAGCCCCAUUAAAGUGUCCAAUAUAAGGCUCGAGAAAAUGCCGGAUCAUAUGCCCAAAGUCAACUCGAAAUGGGAUGGCAUCCCUCAAAGUGUCAAAGACAGGGGAAAGAAGGCCAAGGGCAAGGAAGCAACCAAAUCCUCCAAACAUGAAUCGUUUCUGUUCUCCGGCUCUCGAUCUCGGAGCCCAGACAGGAAAGAAAGAGAUUGUGGGAACUCGGCCAGUCGAAAUUCGAGCUCGACUACAGGUUCCUUUGGAAGUCGAGGCAGAUCUAGUGGAUCACACACCACAUCGGCCCGAACUCGUUUUUAUGCUCAAUCGGUGAAUUCCUCCGGAGAUUUGGCGUCACAACAAAGAACGGAUCGAUCUCGACCUCGAACCGCUUCCAUUCAGUCUCAAUCACUUACUUCCCCAUCAGCGAUUAGUCUCCCAGAAAGUCUUCCAGAAAUGCCACGGAGUCCACCAAGCAUCGUUACGUCUUCGUCUGGUCCAAGCGAGCCCUCGAGAGCGCGCAGCAAUUGCGAAAGCUAUCUACCUAAAUCUAUAGCCACCAGCCGGACAACUGUGGAUCGGUCUGGAUCACUCAAGGUCCCUGCGACACCUAGCAUCGAAUCGGUUCCACCACACUCUGCCUCUCCCGUUGCCACUCCUCAAGAAGCCUCUCCGGUCACUCCUUGUACAUUUGACAGAAAUUUCGAAAGCGACAUGGGGAGAAGCCUUCCUCCUUGCGAGAAUAUUACCCUGGUGUCGUCGGCUCCCAGGGUGUUGGAUCCUCCGACCACUGCAAAGAAGAAAUUGCGAUGUUCCAUCAAUUCAGCAUUUCUCGCAGGGGAAGCGCAGGAAUUGGUGUUACCAGACGAUGAUACGGACCUUCCUAAGUCGGACUUGCCCCUCAGAAACUGGGACUCUGUUCGAAGGGCUCCUGAGGCUUCGUCGUUCUGCGCUUCUCGCGUCCAACAAGAUCUUGAGAAGCGGCCAGAUAGUUCUCGGGCUAGACUUGGUCUCCGUGCAAGCAUGCUUUUUAGGGACGAGAACACUCCUUGGACCAAUCAGGGGAAAGGACCUUCAUCUCUUCCAAGUCCUAACGUUGUUGUCGCAACCAGCCCCCGGACAAUAUCAAGUCCACGGACAAAAUUUCACAAACCUUUUGGUUUAUUUGGCAAGGAGAAGGAUAAAAAUUAG